AUGGCUCCACGCGUAUUUCCCAUCUCCAUCCUUCUUAUCCUCUUCUUCGCGUUCACUUCAUGUGUCAAUACCCACACGGGAGUCGCCACGACGUUGGCCUCUGUUUCGGCAUCAUCAACCACCGAUCCACCUGCUCCCACUUCAGCUGCAUACACGACAACGGAGGUCUAUACACCCUUUGCGAUUUGCGCCACUGGAGGAGGCGACUGGUACAUCGACCCGCCCACGGCCACUCAGCUGGUGGACUUGUUCUGUAAUCAAGCAUACGAGCCAGGGGCUCUUCCUCCACAAGGUGAAGAAUUCGAUUUGAAUGAGUAUCCAACGGACCUCAUAUCGCUCACAGAGAAUGGCGCGGACACCCACACCGAGGCUGACAUCACAGACACGCUCAACUCGCUGUCCAAUAACAACAACGCCAACAUCACCCUCCAUCUCAUGGAGACAACACCAAAUUACACCCUCACGGAGCUGUCAGGGAUUAUCCUGGCGCUGCGGCUGGUGCGUUGGCGGCCCACGGUGGUCGACAACGUGACGUACAUGUCGGGGUCGCAGGCGCAGUGCGACCAGGACGUGCGGCAGGACCAGUGCCACGCCGGCCUGCACCGCGUCAUCGACCAGUGCCAGUGGAACAGCCACUACUUUGGCGGCGUCAACUUCUGGAUGACCGCCUGCGCGAUGUACAGCGUCCAGGUCGCCAACUGCUCGGGGAACUGGCUCGAUCCCAACUGCGACCUGUGGCACCGCAAGUGGCCCGGCGUCGGCAGCGGGCCGGAUCCGGCCUUUCCGAUCACCACCACCAACGCUGGCGCCGCCGACAUGGGGACGGCCUUGAUCAGUGUGCCCACGACCAGGGUGUGGAGGGCCUGA